AUGGACUUGAUUAACAAAGACGCGUUGGAGCCUAACAAGGACUUAACUUUGAGUUCAGUUUUUUGUUACAAACAAGAUCCUAAGCUUGUUAUAGCAAUAGAUAAACUUUACGAAAAUGAAAAUUUACUAAUUGGUCGCAAGCUACCAGAACGAAAAUUAAAUUUUAGCGAAGUACACUCGCUGUUAAAGGGUUCAUCAAGUGAUAAAGGUAAGGUUCAGAUAUUGUUAUCUGAGAAAGGGAUAGAUAAUAAAAGAAGAGAUUUAAUAAAAAAGAUUGAAAAUAUUUUAGAUGAUAUCAAUAAAAAUGCAAAUAGCGGCACAAGUCCAAAAUUAAUACUACGAAAUCAAAAGCUAUGGAGCAAUUGCAUUUAUGAUUUAGAUCGUGUUACUUUAAAGAGUUUACAAGAUGCCAAAAGAACAACUUUAAUUUAUUCCACCGCUGAUGACAAAUCUCGUUUUAAUACAAUUGUGUUUGUUUUAACUAAAGCUCACGAAUUACUUUCGAAAAAUUUGUCUGUCACAAGAAGAGAACUUUUUUAUCAAAAUGUUUCAAGAUUUAGAAAUCAAACUAAAUUAGACAUAGGAGUCAGGGAUGUGUGUUGUUUACUAGACUCGCCUCCGUGGAGUUUAGGUAUUGUUGCGACAGCCAAAGGUCUUAUAGCUGGUCCUUUGAAAAUAUUUAACGCUGAUGGAACAGUUGUAGACUGUAUGGCAUCAGGAGGCAUCUUAAUACCGCAAGACAUUAUCGGAAUUAAGAAAUUUCACUCAACAGCCAAGUACAUCUUAGUGGUGGAAAAGGACGCGAUAUUGCAAAAGUUGCUCGAUGAAGGGGCGCUGUUGCGUUUGGGACCUGUUAUUAUUUUGACGGGCAAAGGCUAUCCCGACGUAUGCACCCGCCAGUUACUCUGUCGAUUAGUGACAGAACUGCGCCUAAAAGCUCUGGCACUUGUAGACUAUGACCCUCACGGUUACGAAAUUUUUCUUACAUACAAGUACGGCUCCCUUGCCCAAUCUCAUUUAUCUGACGCAUUAGCAUGCAGCAGUUUAUUGCUGCUUGGAGUUCGUCACAGUGAUGUAAAGACUCUAGCACCUAGAGCCGCUUGUAUGUCUCUGACGUUACUCGAUAGACGCAAACUUACUGCACUCAUUAAAAGACCAUAUCUAGACACAUCAAUAGGUUUAAGAAUUAAAGAAGAUUUGACGUCUAUGAUGACUGGUGGUGUUAAAGCAGAAAUCGAGGCGGUCGCUUCCACCGCCGCCGCUCUUUGUGACACUUACAUCCCGUGUAAAAUAAUACAAGCCGAUUAUUUGGGCUGAAUUAAAUUAAAUAAAUUUGAUGACUGAAAAAAUAAAUAAAAACCUCUAAUAAUU